GAAGUCCCGACAUUCACAUCUAUCCUUCAUUCCUUAUGGCAAUUAGUAUUAUUAUUGUUUUUUAAUGUUCAACUGUAAAGAAUUUUUCAAGUUCAAAGAUAGUGAACCCAAUUUACAAACUAGAUUGUUGAGUGAUCCUUGUGAGUUAAUUACUGACUUUCUAACAUGGCUCAACAAAUUCUUACCAACCAAGAUCCAUGGCAAGAAGCUUACUCCGUUACUUGUCUCUUAAUAACUUUCCAAGUUCAUGUCAAAAACAUGAUUAUCAAAUUUCUAUUUUCCCAUGUUCCUUUAAAGCACACCCCAAUCCUGCCCUUUUCCCAUGUCACAUAUCCAUCAUGGAAACUCUCCAUCAGGAACAUAUUUUCAGAAGCCGGUUUCCACCAGUUCCGGUGCCGGAGGAUGCGACGAUACCUGAUUUUGUACUCCAAGAUGCUGAGUUGUAUGCAGACAAGGUAGCUUUCGUUGAGGCUGUGACAGGGAAGGCGUAUACUUAUUCUGAAGUGGUCAAAGAAACUAGAAGAUUUGCCAAGGCAUUAAGGUCUAUUGGCCUGAGGAAGGGACAGGUAGUGAUUGUUGUACUGCCAAAUGUUGCUGAAUAUGGCAUCGUAGUAUUGGGAAUUAUGGCUGCCGGUGGUGUGUUUUCCGGCGCUAAUCCUACAGGACUUGAAUCUGAAAUUAAGAAGCAGGCUGAAGCUGCCAAUGCUAAGCUAAUUGUCACAAAUGAUGCUCACUAUGGCAAGGUGAAGGGUCUAGAGCUACCAGUAAUUGUACUAGGCGAAACGUCCAAUGCAAAUGCGAUGAAUUGGACCGAACUGCUGAAUGCAGCUGACCGUGCAAGUGAUAAAUCUGUUCACGAGGUAAUCCAUCAGACUGAUUUAUGUGCACUUCCAUUCUCAUCAGGCACAACAGGAAUAUCAAAAGGUGUAAUGCUAACUCAUAGAAACCUGGUAGCUAAUCUGUGCUCAAGUCUCUUCAGCGUUGGUCCUGAAAUGAUUGGUCAGGUUACUACAUUAGGACUAAUUCCAUUUUUUCAUAUAUAUGGUAUCACCGGAAUAUGUUUUGCUACGCUGAGGAACAAAGGGAAAGUGGUGGUGGUGAAUAGGUUUGAACUCAGGACAUUUCUCCAUGCACUCAUAACACAAGAGGUCACCUUUGCACCAAUUGUACCGCCAAUUAUUUUGACUCUGGUUAAGGACCCUGUUGUAGAAGAAUUUGAUCUUACGAAACUCAAACUCAGGGCUAUUAUGACCGCGGCAGCUCCUCUUGCUCCUGACCUACUCACAGCUUUCGAAAAGAAAUUCCCUGGCGUCCAAGUCCAAGAGGCAUAUGGUAUGACUGAGCACAGCUGCAUAACGCUUACUCAUGGGGAUCCUGAUAAAGGACAUGGCAUUGCUAAGAAGAACUCAGUAGGAUUCAUCCUGCCAAACUUGGAAGUCAAGUUCAUAGAUCCUGACACAGGUCUAUCUCUUCCCAAGAACACUCCUGGAGAAGUUUGUGUAAGAAGCCAAUGCGUUAUGAUAGGUUAUUACAACAACAAGGAAGAGACAUCCAGGACUAUUGACAAGGAUGGAUGGCUACAUACUGGUGACAUUGGGUAUAUAGACGACGAUGGAGAUAUGUUCAUUGUUGACCGUAUCAAAGAACUAAUCAAGUUCAAAGGUUUUCAAGUUGCUCCGGCAGAGCUAGAGGCUGUCCUCCUUGGUCAUCCCUCGGUUGAAGAUGCAGCGGUUGUGCCGCUACCAGAUGAAGAAGCUGGAGAGAUACCAGCUGCUUGUGUUGUGAUAAAUCAAGAAGCAAAAGAAAGUGAAGAAGAUAUCUUAAACUAUGUGGCAGAUAAUGUUGCCCAUUAUAAGAAAGUGAGAGUGGUGCAAUUUGUGGACACCAUACCAAAAUCACAAUCUGGUAAGAUAAUGAGAAGACUGCUCAAAGAAAAGAUGGUUGAGAAGAUGAAAGCAAAUAGUAAUGUCCAGGACAAGAAAGUACUGCCCAAAUGACAUCCUACACUAAUAACAUUUUUCUCUUCUUUAAUUACUCUUUUGGGAAAGGGAUUAAUGUCUAACAAUAAUGUCUAUUGGCUUCCUUUUUCUUUUUUAUUUCAUUCACAAUUACCAACUUUCUUUUCUUAGACUUUUUAAAAAGUUAAUGUCUUUUGUGUCAAAAUUUGGACUGAUGAUGAGGAAAAUAUAAUCAAAAAGAAAAGGGGAACAAGAAUAAAGAGGACAGGGGCAACUUCUUUCCA